GGUCUAAAUUUGAAGAAACGGUCCGUGGAUGAGGGAAUUGACCAUUCAUACGCAGAAAACGCAAUGAAAGAAGUACUAGGAUGGUAUGGAUACGAGAGGCAAAACGACAUCAAGGACGGUCAACCUCCAAAAAAGAUAUCAAAGAUUGACAUGCAUUUGAAUACCGAGCAGGAGGAAGAUCGUCUUCAAGAUUCUGGUGAAACAUCAAUAGACGUUGCUGAAGAAGUGGUCGAGUCCGAAUCCAAAUCAUAUACGACAGACACAUCUGUCAUCAUUAAACAAGAACCUCCUGAAGAAUUGCGAGUGGAAGAAUUAAAUGAUCAGAAAUGGAGAAGUCCUGUGAUAGUGAAGAAUGAAGUAUUUUCGCCGGAAAUAGGUUGGUAA